UCAGGCGAAGGAUACCUUUAUCCUUCCGUCCAAACAGAAAGCGAGGCUGUCCCAAGCACAUCGAUUUGGGAGGGAAAAUCAAUUUGGGGGAAAAGGGUUUUGCUUCCUCUCCUCUCAUGCGCUAUGAAGAGAAGACAUAGCGAUAAAGUUUCGAUUCGUAUCCACAACAUCGGCACACCGUUGAUUUCUCGGUCCACCGGUUCACCCACAGAGUCACUCCACGUCGAAUCAGAUAGUCCGUACACGAUUGGUCGAAGUAUAGCUAACGGGUCGUGCGAUUUCGUCUUCGAUCACGGCGGAAUCAGCAGAAACCACUGCCAGAUUCUAUUCGAUAGCCAAAGUAGCAAACUUUACGUUUUUGAUGGCGUGAUUCUUUCGAAUUAUUCAGAUGGGUUUAGUCAAUUUUUCGAUGAGGUGGAGAAGGAAAGUUUGAGAUUUAAGGUUUCUUUGAACGGUGUGUAUGUUAAUCGCGUUAGGGUUAGGAAAGGUAGAGUUCAAGAGGUUUUGGUUGGUGAUGAGGUGUUGUUUGUUUGUGGGAAGGAAGGGUUGUUGUGUUAUAAAGAUGGACGAGUUGGUUUUGUGGUUCAGGAGAUUGGUUUUGAAGGAAGGGAUGCUUCGGUUUCUUCAGGAACUUUUUCAAGUGGGAAGAGAAGCAAGAGGGUUUUUGCUCCGAUGGAAAAUGAAGUCAGUUCUCUGGUUUGUAGGCGUUAUCCUGCUAGAGCUGUUGGUGGUGUUGUUGAGAGAUUGAACUCUCUUGUAAGCUAUUGUAGACAUGUGUUGAAUAGUGAUGAUCCUGUAUCUUGCCUUAGGCUAUCAGAUUCUGGAAAAGAAUGCGUGUCCUGUUGUGCAAAGUUAAAAGUAGGUAUAGUGGCUGAUAAUAGAGAAGUCAGGAGUGAUGAGGAAAAUCAUGAGAUGGGUCGUGGUAUGUCUGGUUUAAAAGUGAGGGAUGAGCAGCCGAGCCCACAUAGAAGUCUAGUUGUCCCAAACUUGGUUAUCCAAGUUGGAAGUGACGGUGGGGAGAAAGAAAACGUUUGCGAUAUUAGUUACGUUAAUAAGGAGAGAAGCUAUCAGUGUUCUCUACAAUCACCUGGGAAGAACUUUUAUCUAAAUCGUCUUCAGUAUAUUGAACAUGAUCCAACUGGUAGUCAACGGGUGGUUUCUUUGCCAGAACUUCUUCAUCCUGUGGAAAGCAUCUCACAAAUCUUCAUUGCAACAUUUACAAGUGAUAUCUUAUGGUUUCUUACCGGUUGUGGGGUACCUAGUCAUUUGCCUGUGACUGUUGCAUGUCACCAUGCUGAGAGAUGUUGGAGCUCAAGCCCUGAUUCAGGAAUUUCUGCUCCCUUGCCAAAUUACCCAAAUGUAGUUAUGGUGUUUCCACCAUUUCCGGAGGAAAUUGCAUUUGGGAAAGACCGAAAGAACCGAGGCAUUGCUUGUCAUCACCCCAAGCUGUUUAUUCUGCAAAGAGAAGAUAGUGUUCGUGUAAUUAUUACGUCUGCAAACUUAGUAGCGAGACAGUGGGAUGACGUGACCAACACAGUUUGGUGGCAAGAUUUUCCACGAAGAGCAAACCCUGAUUACUUGUCCCUUUUCAGCCAUUUCGAAAAGGAAACCAAUCAUGGUUUAAGAUCAGAUUUUGGUGCUCAGCUGGCUGGAUUUGCUGCGACACUUUUGGCUGAUGUUCCAAGUCAAGCCCAUUGGAUUCUCGAGUUCACAAAGUACAACUUUGAACACUCAGCAGGUCAUCUUGUCGCUUCUGUGCCUGGAGUUCAUUCUUAUAAGCCCUCUUAUCUUACAGAAUCUGCUCGCUCAAGCACCGCUUUCAAUGAAGAGUUUCUGGGAUCUGUUGAAGCCUCUGUCGUUGGCCUCAGUUACCUUUUCCGAUCUACCAGUGAUUCCACAGGAGCACAACUUAAGCGACUGGCUUCAUAUAUUAGCAGAACCAGUGAAAAUCCUCUCGGAAUGUUGGAACUUGUUAUGAGAAGAAAUACUAAUGUGCCUGCGGACGUGAAUGCUGUGAGCGUCCUUGUCCCUAACCCUGAUGAUGAUUCGAGAGACGAGUUUGUCCAGCUAGGCUUUUUGCCGCGGAACAUUGCAAAAUGGGUUUCUCCUCUGUGGGAUAUUGGGUUCUUUAAAUUUGUGGGAUAUGUGUAUCGAGAUGAAGUCCUUGCAGCUGCUUCCUGUAGGAGUAACCAGAAGGUGCAACUGAUGCUGCAUGUGUUACAGGGAGUGUCCAUUUCAGAGAUGCCAAAGUUGAUUCAACCCCAUCAUGUUGUUGCACUGUGCUCGUUGGUUGCUUCACUUCAGAGAUGUACUGGCAUUUGGAGGCUACAAGAGGUGUUAGGCUGUUACAAGUGGCCUGAGUCUCAGGAAUCUGAUUUUGUCUAUAGUGCAUCAUCGGUUGGAGGCUCAGUAACUGCAGGUUUUCAAGCUGAUUUUGCAUCAGCCGCAGGUAAAAAAGUGUUACAGCAUGUUGACUCCCAGGAGUCUGAUCCUGAGUGGGGAUGCUGGAGUGCUAGGGAAGAACGAGAAGCUCCUUCCAUUAAAAUCAUCUUCCCUACCAUUGAAAGGGUGAAGAAUGGCCUGCAUGGCGUCUUGUCUUCAAGACGUCUGCUCUGCUUCUCCGAGAAAACCUGGCAAAAGCUGAGAUAUAACAAUGUGCUUCACGAUGCAGUUCCCAAUCCUCAGGACAGAGUCGGGCACCCGAUGCAUAUCAAGGUGGCGAGAAGACGCUUCACCUCCACUAGAGGUUUAGGGUCUUCUUCAUUUGGUUGGGUUUACUGCGGCUCACAUAAUUUCAGUGCAGCUGCCUGGGGACAGACCAUUUCCAGAUCCUCCAGGAACAACCAGGACCAGUCUUAUAAUGCCACUAGAUCGGUCAGAAAACUUCGUGUAUGCAACUACGAGCUCGGGAUUGUAUUUGUUUUCCCUCCACCUCAUGAAGAAACAGACUCAUGUGAUGGGUCUAAGAUUGAUGACAUUGUGUUGCCGUUUGUUGUACCGGCUCCAAAGUAUGGAGUGAGUGAUAGACCGGCUACAGGUUUGGCUAUGAGGGAAGCUUUGGCUGAGUUCAGGGAAGGGUCUAGAAGUGUCUUUGGAGAAAGUGAAGUUGAGGAAGUAGAGGAGGAAGAAGAAGAUGAGGCUGAAGCUGAAGUAAGAGGAGAGUUUGUUGCAGAAGAGGAGAAGCAAGAAGAGAAGGCUUACGGUGAGGCGUUGUGGAGCCAGGUUGAGUCCUCCCUCAGCUCAUGAAAACUACUUACAUAUAUAACGUGUAAAAACAUUUGUUGGGAUUAUAAAGGGUAAGAAAUAAAAAUGAUUUUUCUCAUUGUCGUCUUUUUGGUCAAAUAAAACUGAUUCUUUUAAGUUUAUUAUGUUUUCUUGAUAGGUGUAAAAGCACAUAUAUA